GGAAGGGCGGUCGGUGUGGUGGUUGGAAGGGGACAUUCCCGUCGCGCGCCGCGGCUCGAGGCAACCGUCCAGUGCAUGAGCUCCAGUGUCGGAGGUGUAGCUGCAGAGAGAGACAUUGUUCUUGCCGGCUGCCUACGCUGCUGUGUGUUCGAGAGAGAAGCCGAGCCUUUUUCUCAGCAUUUGACAUUGUGCAGCAAAGAAAUGGUUAUGGAGAAGCCCAGUCCGCUGCUUGUAGGGCGGGAGUUUGUGAGGCAAUAUUAUACUUUGCUGAAUAAAGCUCCAGAAUAUUUACACAGGUUUUAUGGCAGGAAUUCUUCUUAUGUUCAUGGUGGAGUAGAUGCUAGUGGAAAGCCCCAGGAGGCAGUUUAUGGCCAAAAUGAUAUACACCACAAAGUAUUAUCUCUGAACUUCAGCGAAUGUCAUACUAAAAUUCGUCAUGUGGAUGCUCAUGCAACCUUGAGUGAUGGAGUAGUGGUCCAGGUCAUGGGUUUGCUGUCUAAUAGUGGACAGCCAGAGAGGAAGUUUAUGCAAACCUUUGUUCUGGCUCCUGAAGGAUCUGUUCCAAAUAAGUUUUAUGUUCACAAUGAUAUGUUUCGUUAUGAAGAUGAAGUAUUUGGUGAUUCUGAACCAGAACUUGAUGAAGAAUCAGAAGAUGAAGUAGAAGAGGAACAAGAAGAAAGGCAACCAUCUCCAGAACCUGUGCAAGAAAAUGCUAACAGUGGUUACUAUGAAGCUCACCCUGUGACUAAUGGCAUAGAGGAGCCAUUGGAAGAAUCCUCUCAUGAACCUGAACCUGAGCCAGAAUCUGAAACAAAGACUGAAGAGCAGAAACCGCAAGUGGAGGAGAAGAACUUGGAAGAGUUAGAGGAGAAGUCUACUUCUCCUCCUCCUGCUGAACCUGUUUCUCUGCCACAGGAACCACCAAAGGCUUUCUCCUGGGCUUCAGUGACCAGUAAAAACCUGCCUCCUAGUGGUACUGUUUCUUCCUCUGGAAUUCCACCCCAUGUUAAAGCACCAGUCUCACAGCCGAGAGUGGAAGCUAAACCAGAAGUUCAGUCUCAGCCACCUCGUGUGCGUGAACAGCGACCUAGAGAAAGACCUGGUUUCCCUCCUAGAGGACCAAGACCAGGCAGAGGAGAUAUUGAACAGAAUGAAGCUGAUAACCGUAGAAUAAUUCGCUAUCCAGAUAGUCAUCAACUCUUUGUUGGUAACUUGCCACAUGAUAUUGAUGAAAAUGAACUGAAAGAGUUCUUCAUGAGUUUUGGAAACGUUGUGGAACUUCGCAUCAAUACCAAGGGUGUUGGGGGAAAGCUUCCAAAUUUUGGUUUUGUGGUUUUUGAUGACUCUGAACCAGUUCAGAGAAUCUUAAUUGCAAAACCAAUUAUGUUUCGAGGGGAAGUACGUUUAAAUGUGGAAGAGAAAAAGACAAGAGCUGCCAGAGAGCGAGAAACUCGAGGUGGUGAUGAUCGCAGGGAUAUUAGGCGCAAUGAUCGAGGUCCUGGUGGUCCCCGUGGAAUAGUGGGCGGUGGAAUGAUGCGGGACCGGGAUGGAAGAGGACCCCCUCCAAGAGGUGGCAUGGCACAGAAACUUGGCUCCGGGAGAGGAACCGGGCAGAUGGAAGGCCGCUUCACAGGACAGCGUCGCUGAGGCUCCACUGGGCAAAGUCUUGGCAGUGGUACAUUAUUCAUCGUGUUUGCAUUCUUGUUAAUUUUUUUUGGCUUUGGAAUGUGACAC